CUUCUAUCGAGACGCGCAACGGCAACCUGUAGAACGCAACGCGAGUUGAAAUGCACAGCGGUAGCGGUUGUAUGAAUUCUGUCGGAACAUAUCAGCUGAUCUUUAGGUCGUUUUUUUCCGUUGACUUUUAGACUAGAUUCAUUCAACGGAACACAACUAGUUUAUUACCAACAUAAAAAAAGAUCACCUGUAAAAUGGAUUGUUCUUCUGAGGCGGUGCAGUUGCUUUCGGAUGAAGCCACCGCUCCAUUGGAAUUGAAAAAAGGAAUGUCCAUAUUCCUGGAUAUCUUAAGAAGAGCAGAUAAAAACGAUGAUGGGAAGUUGUCGUUUGAUGAGUUCAGAGCCUACUUCCAUGAUGGAGUUUUGACAUCCGAUCAACUGAAGGAGCUCUUUAACACCAUAGACACUCACAACACAGACAAUGUGGACACUGACGAGCUGUGUGAGUACUUCUCCCAGCACCUUGGUGAAUACGAGAAGGUCCUGGCAGCUCUGGAGGACCUCAACAUGACAAUACUGAAGGCUAUGGGCAAGACCAAGAAGGACUAUCAGGAAGCCACACACCUGGAGCAGUUCGUGACACGCUUCCUGUUAAAAGAGACAACCAAUCAGCUCCACUCGCUGCAGAGCUCCCUGGAAUGUGCCAUGGAGACCACGGCCGAGCAAACCCGUCAGGAGAGGCGAGGCCCAGUAAAGCCUGAUGUGCUGUCAAUUCAGUGGUCAGGGAGAAGAUCCAACCGAAGGCUUCAAAGAAAUAACAGUCUGUCUCCUAACAACCCACUACUCAGCCUGGUCAACUCAGGUCUGUAUGACGAGGACAACCAAUGGAUGACUCAGGUCAACAGACUCCAGAAGCUUAUUGACCGGCUAGAGAAAAAGGAGGUUCGUAUGGAGCCAGUUGAAGAGGAGGUGUUGGAAGGAAUCACCAAAUCACACAUCCUGAUAGUCCAGAGACAGCUGAAUGUGUUGGAGGAGGAGCUGGAGGAGUUCCGCCUGGCUCUCAGGCAGUACAUGGAGUGUGCCUGCGCCCAGACGGGCUGCCUGCAUGUGGCAGUUCAGCGACUGGCUAAUGAGUCCCGCUUCAUCCUGUACGAGUUCUGGGAACACAACCACGUGUGGAAGAACCAUCUCCAGACAAACUACAGUAAGACUUUCCAGAGAGGUAACGUGGACUUUCUGGAGACACCAGAGCUCAUGACCACCAUGCUGGUGCCUGCCUCCUGGUGGGUCCUAAACAACAACUAAAUGACAUCACGCCAGGCCGACUGAGGACCGCUAUCGAUCAGAAACGUAGUUUGUAGUCUAUCGUCUAUCAUUAGCAUUGGGAAGAAGUGCACACACACACACACGCACACGCACGCACGCACGCACGCACG